GCACCGUCAAUAUCACGUUCCUAGAUCAACUUUCUUCUCCUCGAACGUACCCACGCAUUCCCGAAACUCGUAACCACCUCCUUCGCGCUCGGCGCCGCGCCCAUCCCUGGCUUGAACUGCACGACCCGCGUCACGACACCGUCUUCUUCGGAGAGGACCUCGCAGGACGUGAUGGCCGAUACGAAUUCCUGCGCGAAGCGGAUCUUGCGCUGCAGCCCGGCCCAGACCUGGGGGACUGUGAGGACGGGGGUGGCAGAGGGUGGGUUGAUGGGGGACGUGUAGGCGAGGUAGAAAUUGACCAUUUUGGCGAAUGGGAAUGGGUUGUUGAUGUAGGUCGUUGAUGUAGUAGGUUGUGGAUCAAGGUUGUUGCUGAGGUGGAGAUGGUUUAACCCCGCGCUUGUGUAGCAUGCAGAUACAAAGGGUGCGGCCAAGUGCACAAUCACCUGUAUCACAGAUUCCUCGUUCCAGCUUCGUCUCCAUGUUCGGCCCCAGCCUCGGAACCAACGCCGCCGCAGCCGUUCACGAUCAUGCGGCCAAGAUUACUUUUCGGAACGACUCGACUCUCCUAAACAUCUACCAGAUCAUAAAGGGGGCCGGUCUGGCCGCCAUUGACGGAAUCGGUACCAUCGACACCAGAAUGGCCACCUUCCGCCAGCUGGCCCGUACCAACAACGUCGAUAUCAAUCUAGAGGAGUUGUUUGGCGGCAUUGACUUCUGCGACUGCGACGACUGUACCACCGUCCUUAGUCCUGCCAACUACUUUGUCGAGCUGCUUCAGUUUCUCAGAAACAAUACCCUUGAUCCCAGGCCCAAUCUUGACGGCACUCCAAGUUUCCCAAACACCUUUGAUCCUACCUACAACAAGACCGUUCUCGACGUUCUGCUCAAGCGCCGCCCAGACCUCCAACACCUGCAGCUGACGUGUGCAAAUGCCAAUACCCUUAUCCCCUACCUCGAUCUUGCAAAUGAGGUAAUGGAGUCAUUCAUCGUCCAUCAGGAAUCCUCCCCUAUCCCCUGGAGCCCUGAUGCCCAGUACGUACUCGACGUCUUCAACGUCACCGACGAGACUAGUGCCGAGCUUUUCUCUGAGCCCCAGCACACCAAUUAUAUAGCCUAUUGUAUUCUCUUGAAGGAGGUCUUCCCAAUCGGCGCUCUGCCCUACCAUCAACCCCUGGCAUGCAUCCGAAUCUACCUGAACUUUCUCACCACCUCGCGCUACGAGUUGAUGAGUGUCUUCUACAAGCCCUAUCUGACUCCUUCUCAAGGCGGACCUUAUUCUCCAUCCCAAGAUGCCGAACUUUCCGCUCUAUACUCUGAGACCCAAGUGCGCGCCACGUCGGCUGAGUAUCUUGGUAUCAUUCCCGAGGACAAGAUUGGAGUCCGCACCCCUUGGCAGUAUUGGGAAUUCAAAUCCGACGACAUCAUGCUCUCCCAGGACGCGUCGCAAGUCGGCCUUCAGUUUGUUAAGACGCAGUUCCUCAUGCGGUCUGGUCUCAAAUACUCAGACGUCGUCGAUCUCAUCAAGACCACCUACGUGAACCCUGUCUAUCCUGCUGGCCAGGACCUCAUCCUGUUUGAGAAUCUGCACUUCAGCUACCGCUUCCUCCAAGGGCUCGUUGACCCAAACGCGAAGACCAAGAAGGCUAAAUUCAAGACGCUGAUCGAUUUUCUCACCAUCGCGCAGCCAUCUGCCGAUGCCUGGAUCGCGUCCCAAGCCACAGAUCAGCAAAAACCGAGCGACUGCGACGUUCCACCAACUCCCUGUCGGGAGGAUAUUGCCAAGUUUGUCUACAAAUGGUUUGACUGCCUAGGAAAACUUGUUGUACUUGAAUCUGGUGAAGGCCCGACACUUCCAGUUUCCGGAUUCAUCAUAAAAUACGACAACUCUGCAGAGAGAUUUGAGUCGGCGAUUAGAUCGAUAGCUACCAGCACUUCGGGCACGCCAUUGCAUUUACCAGACGGCAUGACCCCUGUAGCAACGCUCUUCACCAAUGGCAUCAUCACAGACAACGUGGAUCUGUCGGUUGAUGCGACAGCACCUCCAACGGGGAAGGUUAUGGGGUCAGUCGAAGUUGAUAGCAAAGUCUACAACGUCGGCGGUACUCUGUUCGCCGGAGCUGCGGCUUCACCGACGACCAGCGGGACAACAAGCGUGACUCCCAAAGUGACCACCACUCAAAUAUCCUCAAUCUCAAACACGGCCGCUCAAAUGUCUAUAGCAUAUCUAAUUGUCACGUUCAUCCCUGGGAUCAGGUCAACCUUCCACAUUACAGCAUUGAUCAACGGCAGUGACAGUGGCCUCUACUGGAUGGCGAACAGCCCUCAGCGAGAUGGGUUUACCCUUGUCCGCUGGAAUGCGGUCGUGGACUCUUGCAACAUUGACACCGUUCAGAUCCUUCACUUAAAUGGAUCCAGCCUCAGCGACGCUGAAUGGGACAACAUCCACCGCCUCUUGCGGCUGAAAAACCGACUCGGCUGGUCCAUGGACGAGACCGAUCAUGCCGUGUUUGGUUCCAAAUCUCCAUUCCAGCCGGGGCAGGAUGAUGGCUGUGACUGCUGCUACGUCAAGGAUGCUUGUAGUGAUAUGGUGCAACCAGAGAUAACACCGACGCUUAUUGAGGAGAUUGCGAGUGUGAAGAAGCUUCAGGCUGCAACUGGGCUGGACCUCAUCAAACUUCUGGCGCUCUGGGCUGAUAUCAGCACCUCCGGUAACCCGUCACUUUAUUCACAGCUCUUCCUGUCCCACAACCUUCUCGGCGUUGAUGCUGUCUUUGCGGCAGACUCUGAUGGCAACUAUUUGGCUGCGACCACUGCGAUUAGCGACCAUCUACCUGUUCUCAUGGCAGCUUUCAACCUCAAGGCCACCAAUUUAGCCGCCAUUCUUCACGACGCAGGACUAGAUAACGCGCAGUUGACAUUGAAAAACGAUACCUUGAUCUAUCGCUACACAGUAAACAUUCUCCAAACAACUGCAGGUCUUUCAAUAGGGCUUUUAAGCAUCAGCGCCACAUAUCCAUAUCCGUCUACGGAUCCUAGUAGUACCACUCCUGCUGAUAGCGAUGUGGAAAAGUUUCUGGUUCUCCUCUAUGCGUCGGAUCUCAGUACCGCCAUCUUGGCGUUCCUAGAUGGCACCAAAACUUAUACCACCAACGCACCCGCAGGUCUGCAAUUGAGCAUCCCUACGAUGCUGGCAGCCAAGCUUGCUUACUCUCAGUCCACGAUACCGGGAACAACUGUCCCGAGAGGUCUGCUCACCGUGACCGGCCUUCUUACCGACGAGGAAUUGAAUGCCGCCCUGGCGGUCUCGUUUGAUACAGGUUGGGCUGAUGCUAUUCACCGCGUUGGGAAGCAGGCAGCUGAUUUUUUUACGACCUACCUGGCCGCCAUCUUUCCUAACCAGGUCCAGGCGACCAGCGUGCUUCUCGCAGGAGAUGAUUCUGACUCUGCGGCCACGAAGAGGACGUUCUUCCUUCAAGGUUUCAUGCCCUAUCUUCGAAACAGCUUGGCCCAGACGCUGGUCGUUACCACGAUGUCGUCUGUCGCAGGGCUAUCAUCCGCCGAUAUGGUUCGUAAUUUGCUCACAGAGAUUCUCACUGUCCCAUCCGCUAGAGGAUCCGGAGACCAAUAUGCCAUAGAUGUGCUACUGGCCUUGCAAGCUAGCUCUCAAGCUCCUAGCUCGUCUACAUCUAGCUGGACAGGAUUCUUGAUCCCGUCUACAACAGACAAUUUCACAUUUGUCGGUUUUGGACCGAGAAACCCGGCUCCACUGCUUGUUGAUGGUGUACCAGUUCCAUUUGUUCGACAGCAGGCGGAUCCCAAUGACGUCUGGUUUACAAACCCCAUGCCCCUGACUGGAGGAAGACUGUACAAGUUUGACGCAGGUGGUCUGCCAAUUCCGGGGCUACAGUGGCUCACUAUUCGUACGAUGGCCGCCGCCAUUCCCUCUUCAAGUCUGAUUGCGGAUACCGGUUCGGCAACGGUCUCUGGGGUGUUUACUCAGUUGGUUAAGAGUGCUGGCGUGAUCCAGGGUUUCAACCUAUCUAUUGAAGAGAUUCAAUUUUUCCACUCCAAGGAUGCCCUCAAUCGUUUUGGUUUCGACCUGAAUACCCUAACCUUUGCGGGAUUCCAGAGGAUGAUCUCGUACACUGGCCUGCGUGGAUCUGUCUCACAGCAGUCGGCCACGCUGAUCGACUUGUUUAAGUGGGCAAGGAGUGCUUCAACCCAGACUACACUCUCGGACCUUGCAUCGCGCAUUGCAACGUCGACGCAGUGGGACGCAACCAAUAUAGCGUCCCUGAUUGGGCCGGGCGGAUGGAACUACACCAAUCCGGCUUCAUUUUGCGACGAGACUAUCCUGCUCCGAAUUCAAGCUGCGCUCACUGUUGUUAGAAAGGCUGCGGUCGACAUUCCCUCCUUGUUCUCGUGGUCUUCGCCACUUGCCAAAUUCCAGGCGAUGCGGGUCAUUGCUAAGAACAUUCGAAAUUCUAUCAGAUCCAGGUACUCACUCUCCGACUGGGAGCAAGCGGCGAAACCUUUACAUGAUAAGUUGCGCAUGAGUCAGCGCGAUGCCUUGAUCGCCUUUCUCUUAUUCCAUCCUUCACUUGCACCCUGGGGAAUCACCGACGCAGACAGCCUAUUUGAAUUCUUUCUCAUUGAUGUCCAGAUGGGGUCAUGUCUGCGGACGUCGCGAAUAAAGCAGGCAAUCUCUACGGUUCAGACCUUCGUGCAACGAUGUAUUCUGGGGCUUGAGGAGGACAAGUACCCGACUGUUACAAACAGCUUGAUCGACCAGACACGUUAGCAGUGGAUGUGUAAGCAGACACUGUGGACGGCUAACCGUCAGGUUUUCCUGUUCCCAGAGUCAUAUCUGGUGCCCAGUCUCCGGGACGACAAGACGGAUCUAU